UGUGAGACCGAAAGAGCGACAGCUCCGCUAUUUAAACACCUCCGACCUAUCGCUUCUCUCUCGUUCUUCGUCUGCUCCGGUCUCUCCAGAGUUCCGGUGUCCCAUAAGAAACGGGCUUUAAACCUCAAGACUUCAAUCGAAUCCUUUAGGGUUUUUGCUAAUUGGAGAUCUAAUUGGACCGAUCCAUCCCGGUUGGAGUUCAAGAAUUCAUCAACCAUGUCUUCCGAAGAGAGCGCCAUCGAGGCGGCCCCGGAGACCAGCAAGAAGGUGGAGGCCCCAAAGGUCGUGGUGCUCCAGAGCUAUGACGGCGAGGAAUUUGAGGUCGACUUGGUCGUGGCGAGCCAGUCGGAGACGAUCAAGAACAUGAUCGAGGACGGGUGCGUGGAGCGCAGCGUGCCCCUCCCCAACGUGGAGGGCUCGGUGCUCGCCAAGGUGGUGGAGUACUGGAAGCGUCACGUCGAGGGUGGGAAGGAGGAGGAGCUCAAGAAGUGGGACAAGGAGUUCGUCGAAGCGGAGAAGCAGGAGGUGUUGGAGAUUAUGGUGGCGGCCCACUACCUCAACUCCCAGCCGCUGUUCGACCUCUGCUGCCAGGCGGUGGCGAACACCAUCAGCGACAUGACGGUCGAGGAUGUACGGGAAUACUUUGGGAUUGAGAACGACUUGACCCCCGAAGAGGAGAGGAGGAUAAAGGAUGUGAAUCGCUGGGUCUUUGACUGAUUGGUUCUGAAUUGCUGUUAGUUUCUGAUUGAAGUCUUUUCUUCUUUCUUUGGAACUUUAUGGUUUUGUAAUUGCUUGCUUCACUUCCUUGGACUGCUUAUCGCAGGAUCCUCUACGGAACCAUUGAAGUGAAGAUAUAUAUACAAUAUCUAUUUAUUGAUUUAGCUUUUGAAGGAAUUAAUGAAGUGGGUAGGAAGAAACAGGUUUAAGUUCUUGUGCUGUCAAAUGUUCUUUAGAUUAUACUAUUAAAUCAACUGGCGCAGGUCAGAAUUUUGA